GUUGAGGACUGGAGAUGAGUUCUGAUGAUGUGCUGUGAUAUUUGCAACCAAAAAUGUCGAGAGAUACACGAAACUCCGCGAUUUUCAGGACUCCUCAACUCAUUGACAACAGUGUUACCCCUCAAGCGAAACGUGCAGAGCAGCUAAGAAGAUGGGAGGAGUCUGCAACGAGCAAAGAAGGGACAACACCCAAGGAUAAUAACCGGAGGAUCAUGUUUUCUGAUCCUUGUGUCUUCCUGGCUGCUUGCUCUGCGGGCGAUACUGAUGAAGCAAAACGCCUUUUAGUUAAAGGAGUUGACAUAAAUACUGCCAACAUGGAUGGUAUAACAGCUCUUCACCAGGCCUGUAUUGACAAUGAGCUGGACAUGGUGGAGUUCCUGGUAGAAAACGGUGCAGACGUCAACCAGGGCGACAAUGAGGGCUGGACACCACUCCACGUUACCUCCUCCUGUGGCCACCUUGAUUUGGCAAGGUACCUGAUAGACCAGGGCGCCGACGUGGCCGCUGUCAAUAACGAGGGUGAGCUGCCGGUGGAUCUGUGUGAGGAGGCUAUCGAGGUCCGCGACCUGCUGCGGCACGAGAUCGCCGUCCGGGGGAUCGACUGUGAGGCGGUGAAGGACGAGGAGCAGAACCGACUGCUCUCGGACGCCCGCCAGUGGAUCAACGCCGGACAGAUCAUGGAGCAGCCGCACCCCAAGACGGGCGCCACCGGCCUGCACGUGGCCGCCGCCAAAGGAUACAUCCAGGCGAUGGACCUGCUGUUACGGUGCGGUGCCGACAUCAACGCGCAGGACUAUGACGGCUGGACGCCACUGCACGCGGCCGGCUACUGGGCGCAGCCCGAGGCCUGCCAGGUGCUGGCCGAGAACCUCUGCAACAUGGACAUCAAAAACCAUCAGGGUCUGACCGUGUUCGGCGUCGCGGACGACAAGGUGUUAACACUGCUGGAGCAGCUGAAGAAGAAGCAGGCACUGAUGGCGCGCGACCGACCGGAGGUGGCCGAAAUCAUCAGCAGGCGGCCGCAGCCCACCUUCCGGCGACGCUCGUCGAUCACGCGGAUGUCGUCCUCUGACCGGGCCAGCCAGGUGUCCCGGGACGCCAGCUCGGAGAUGGAGCGACUUCGCGAUAUGCGGAUAGAGGACGAGCGCGCCGCAGAGCCGCCGCCCGCCCGCACCGCCGACGCUGACCAAGUGGAGCUGCGGAAGAAGGCCGGCCAGCCGCAGCCAGCGAGGCCACAGCGGCCGGCCAGCCAGCCGGCGGCGCCGACACCCCCUGCCUUCUCUCCGCGACCUCCGGACGGCGCGCCCGAGACGGACACCCAGUCGUGGCGGCGGCCGGCCGCUGCGCAGCGACUCUCGGCGCCCGACGACUCCCGAUCCAACAAGCCCCGGGAGGAGCCGGCGCGGCCGACCGAGCCGUCCGACUCUCGGCGCGUCCAGUCAGCGCCCGCUGAACAGACCGUGUCGGCCACCAUCAUCCAGACCCCGCCGCCGGCGACAACGACGCCGACGACGACCACGCCGACGACCGCUCCGACGACGGCGCCGUCGCGCAGCGGCGCCACGGUGGCGGAUGGCCCACCGACCGAACAGCCGCCGGUACCUCCGGCGCGCGCCGCCACCACCCAGGCGCGCGUCCAGGUGGACCAGCAGGCCGUCUCUCCGACCGCCGCUACCGCCGGCUCCAAGCUCAGCCCGGCCACCAUAUUUAAGAACAUCUUCAAGUCGUUCGUGCCGCCGACGCGGGAGGAGGAGAGUGAGACGCAGCGGAAGGCCCACGCCAAGCGGGCCCGCGAGACGCGCCGGUCCACACAGGGUGUCACCUUCGACGAAAUCAAGUCGGCCGAGCAAUACGUCAAAAAUCAGCAGCAGCAAAAGGAACAGCAGCAACAGCAGAAGUCUUCCACGCCCGCCGCCCCGGCGGCGCGCGAGGAGCCCGCGUCGCGGGACGACCAGCAGUCGCAGCAGCAGCAGAUGGAGCGGCGGCCCUCCUGGCGACUGCGACUGGACGAGGGAGACAAGAACAAGUUCUCUCUGGAGGAGGUGCGCGGCGGUGGAGACGCGUCACGCGCCAACAGCCGCACGUCGACGGCGACACCGACCAGCCCCGAGCCGGACACCACCGUCACCCUGCCGCUGCGGCGGAAAGCCAGUGGCGCGGACUCGGCACCGGCCUCCGCCGCCCCGUCUGCUGCUGAUGAUAGGGGCGACGACAAGGAGAACGACAACCGGACGGCAGCAGCGGCGGCGGCGGCGGCAGCGGCAGCAGCCUCGCAGGCCACCAUCCAGCGGCGGCGCAAACCCAAGCGCCGCUCGACCGGCGUGGUCCAGUACGACGCUGAGGAGAACGAGAAGAAGGGCAAGGAGGCGGACGCAGCUGACUCAGCGACGACGCUGAACAAUCCGCCGAACGCAGCCGCCAGCAGUGAGGCCAGCAGCCGCACGGCCAGCCGAGCCAACAGCGUUGAGAAUGGAGAGGUCGACUACAAAAAGCUGUACGAGGCAGCGAUGGUCGAGAACGACAAGCUCCAGCAGCGGUUGGCCGAGGCUCAGGCCGACUGCCGGGACGCCAAGCUCAACCUCGACAAGGCGCUACAAGUGAGUAGCGGCCGCGCCGCCGCCGCCGAGUCGGACCGGCGCGAGAAGCGUGCCCUCGAGCGCAAACUCUCCGAGAUGGAGGAGGAACUGAAGGAAAUGGAGGAGCUGAAGGCGCAAAACAAGAAGCUGCGGGACGAGAACGGCGCGCUCAUACGGGUGAUAUCCAAGCUGUCCAAGUGACCCGCCCGGCCGCCGGCCGCCGCCUCGUCUAGUCAUCGCCGCCGCCGUCAGUGCCUUGCGCGCCGGCGCGCCGCCGCACGCGCCCGCGGAGCGCGCCGCCCGGCCGUAACCCGCUGCAGACAGUCGCCCCCGCCCCCGUCCCCCCGCUCCCCGCCCGUCCCGUCCGCUAGCCCUGCCGUGCGCGCGCGCGUGCGUGCGGCCGCCGGCGGCGCCGAUAUAAUGUGCCUCUGUAAAGUUAUUUAUACCUUGUACAAUGCGCGUGAAGCGAGCGAGUGGCUGUUUUUCCGUAUGUAGGCUACCUUCGUGUCUGGUGGGUGCCCGGCCCGUGCAAUGCGCGUGGGCGCGCCGAGUGUCACACGCCCGCCCGCGCCAGGUCACACGCGUGUCCGCCUGUCUGCCCGCCUGUCGCCGGAUAACACAGAGUCUCGGCAACUGCUGCUCGCCUUUUAUUUAGUUAUUAAAAUAUUAAUAUUGAAAUGAAUGAUGCGAUCUGAAUAAAGCACAGAACACA